GCUUGUGGUUGGAAUAAACUCAACCUGACAAUAUUGGGAAUGUGGCCCAAAAAAAAUCUCACUGGUUUUCGAAGGUAUCAUGUCCUACUGAAUGCUAUUACGGUUUUUUUCCUACUCACACUUCCUCGAUUGGCCGCACUCUAUCUAUUCUGGGGUGAAAUUGAUGCCAUGAUUCAAUGUUUUUCCACGCACAUGCCAUUUGCAAUUGGAAUUGUAAAACUCGUCAUUCUGUAUCUACAACAACAAGCCCUAGGUGAGUUCAUGGAGAAAAUGGAAUGCGACUGGAAAAAUCCCAUUUCCAAUGAGCAAUACAGAACAAUGAUGAGAAUGGCAAAAAUUGGCCGGCAGAUUUCCAUUUUUUCUGGAUUAACUGUAUAUUCUGGAAAUAGUUUCGGUGUCGUAGUGCAAAAAUGGUACAAUUUAGAAAGUUUCUACAUACAACAACCGGAUCCUCGAUUGACGCUGAAUCUCUUCUGGGUGGCUUAUCUGCCUAUCGAUACGAGCAAAAAUAUCAAUUUUGCAGUGUCACUGCUGCUCCAAUUCUACACAUCUUUCAUAGGGUCCCUCGCUUACUUUGUUUUCGACAGCCUAAUCGCAAUGACGACUCUUCAUGUCUGCGGACAGUUGGAUUGCCUAAAACUGUCGUUCGCGCAAUUGUGUGAAAAUGAAAACACCGAAAAACCUUGGAAAUUCCAGAAAGACUUGCGGAGAAUUGUGCAAAGACACAGCGAGCUCAUUCGAUCAGUUGCCGAAAAUCACUUUAGUCUUGACAACUCCUUUAAUUUUGUGCUCUUUCUAUCAUUCAUCGGAUGUACUUUGACAUUCUGCUUCCAAGGAUACGCCAUAAUAAGGGUGAUUCUUUUAGAUACAGGAAAGUUGAAUUUCUUCCAAGUUGCUUUCUCAGCAACUGUCACAAUGGGUGCAAUAUCUCAUUUCUUCAUAUGCUGUUGGAUGGGCGAUCUUCUGAUAACUCAGAGCACAGCCGUAGGACAAGCAUAUUACAAGAACGUGUGGUACAAAUUGCCACAUCAGCAAGCUCGUUCUCUGAUGAUCAUUGGUUUCAAGAAUUUCAGAUCAUUGCAAUUAACGGCGGGUAAAUUCGUCCCACUGUCAUUGAAUCUCUUUCUAAAGGUUAUCAAAUCAUCCAUGAGUUACUUAUCAAUGUUACUAGCGGUCCAAAGUAGGCAAGUAUGA